AUGGCGGACUUUGACAUCAACGAGGCGCUCAAAGCGUAUCUGGAUGAUCCACAAGCCAUCCUAACACCAGAGGCCGGUGCGACGUUGCUGGACUGCGAGAACGAUCCAGAUGAUUUCACGCCUGGAUUGAUCAACAGCGUGCUCAAUCCAAUCAUUGAGUCUAUCGCGGAAAACCCAGAUGCGAUUGCGCAUGCAUCAGUAUUCGACAGCCUCCAAUUCCUCCUAAAGUGCGCACCCAUCGUUCCUCCAGACCAACGGUCUGCUCUCAAAGCGCAAGAUACUGGCACUGACUGUGAGCUGUUCGCACUUUGUAGGCAGACCUCGUACAUACCGCCCGUAUCCCUCGGCAAGCUUCUCGACCUUGUUGUUAGCGGUCUGGGUGCCGAAGCGGAGACUAUCCACCAUGAAGCCCAGGAUGUUGAGACGGAAACGGCGUCGCACAAGCAGACGCUCGAAAUGUUCGCAUUCCUUCUACAGUGGUGUAUAGCCGCCAUGGAGACGAAGACCGCGGAGAACUCUGCGGCACCUGCACGUGGGAAGGGCGCGAAAGGCGCGAAGAGCAAGAGUGCGCAGAAGGAUGGCAACUGGGACCCGUCGAGCCAGCUACAGACGGCUCUGGACACCAUGACGAAGGUAAUGAAACUCAAGCUGGCCAAGAUCUUCGUGACGACAAGCGAGCGGGACACAUUCAUCAGCCUCUUCACAAGGCCGGUCUACCUCCUCCUCGAGCGGGAGCAGACAGUUAAGAGCACCGCACUCAGAAUGCACGCUUUCAAGGUGCUAUGUGUCGCUAUCAAACACCACGGGCAUGCGCAUAGUGCGCAGACGAGCGUCAUCCAGAACUUGACCUACUUCGAACAUCUUGCGGAGCCCAUGGCAGAGUUCCUCAACAUCUUGGCCGAGCAGUACGACUACCCACAGCUUGCCGAGGAGGUCAUGAAGGAGCUGUCGAACAAAGAGUUCAGCGCCAACGACGCCAAGGGUCCGAAAUCUGUGUCUACCUUUGUCGCACGACUGUCUGAGCUAGCGCCCCGUGUGGUGCAGCGACAAGUCACGUACCUGGCGAAGCUGCUUGAGAGCGAGAACUACACGCUUCGAUGCGCCAUUAUCGAAGUCUGCGGCAACCUUAUUGCGAUGCUCUCCAAGGCAGAAGAGGGUGAGCGGAGUGAGAACCAUAAGGGCCAGAUUAAUGCCUUCUUCGACGUGCUUGAGGAGCGCUUUCUGGACGUCAAUCCGUACUGCAGGUGCAGAGCUAUCCAGGUCUACGUCAAACUAUGCGACCUGGAGACGAAGUAUCCGAAGCGCCGACAGACUGCGACCGAGCUGGCCACGCGGAGUUUGGAAGACAAGAGUAGCAACGUUCGCCGUAACGCGAUCAAGCUGCUUGCUCGUCUGAUGGCUACCCACCCCUUUGCCGUCCUGCACGGCGGUCUGCUGAGCUACCGAGACUGGAACGAGCGACUAGAAGCUUGCGAAGCUGAGCUCAAUGCCAUGAAGCCACCUGCCGGCACGCCAGGCCUCGGCGAGCAGACACAGGCCGAGCCAACAGUAGACGAUAGCUUGCUUGAUGAUGCCACGCAGUCCGAGGAGAAGGCGCCCAUGACGGAAGAGCAGAAGCUGGCUGCCUUCAACAAAGCGCAGGAAGAUGCUGCCACUGCCGAAGCGCUCAGCAAGCUGCAGCUCACACGGCGUUACUAUAUCGAGGCACUGCGCUUCAUCGAGGCGCUGCACGAAGCCAGCCCGCAGAUUACGCAACUGUUAGCGAGCAAGAACAAGUCCGAGGUCAUCGAGGCCAUGGACUUCUUCGUUGUGGCUGAUGCUUACCAUCUUGCAAUUGCAAAGACCGGCAUCAGGCGCAUGCUACGUCUGAUCUGGACGAAGGGCAACAGCGACGAAGGCAAAGGCGUGCAGACGCAUCUGAUCGAGUGUUACAAGGGUCUGUUCUUCGACGCUCCCGGCAACUUCUCCGCUAAUGAUGCUGCCAACUACGUGGCAAGGAACAUGAUCAGCCUGACCUUUGGCGCAAGCCCAGCUGAACUAACGAGCCUCGAACAGCUGCUGGCUACCAUGAUGAAGGAGAAGUGCAUUCCGGAGCUCGUCGUCCAAAAGCUGUGGCAAGUCUAUGGGAUUCAGAAGAAGGAGAUCAGCAAACAGCAACGACGCGGCGCCAUCAUCGUGCUUGGUAUGCUGGCUCUCGCGGACCCGGAGGUUGUUGUCAAGGAGAUGGAAAUCUGUCUGCGCAUCGGUCUCGGUCCCAUCGGCCAGAAGGAUCUGGUUCUGGCUAGAUACACUUGCAUCGCUCUGAUGCGCAUGACUGACAACAAGCCGUCGAAAGGCACACAAGGCAAGCCGAGCACAAGGCUGCCGAAUGAUCAUGCAGUGCUCGUCCGCUUGUCCAAUCUGCUUCACAUAGAAAGCGACAGCAGAGACUGGUACGGCGUUGCAGAGCAAGCGAUCAGCGCCAUCUACGCCCUGUCCAAACAUCCGGACGUCUUAUGUUCUGAUAUCGUCCGCAAGAAGACCAAAGCGGUGUUUGCUGUGAAGUGCGCCGUGCCGGUGAAGGUGGAACUCAAUGACAGUAUGGUCGACGCCGAUGGAGACAUUGAGAUGAGUGAUGUGCAAGACGAGCCGGAACAGUCGAAAAGCGAACAACAACCAAGUUCUAACGGCGACUCUGCGCUUGCCCUGUCUCAGCUCUUGUUCGCAGUAAGCCAUAUUGCGCUAAAGCAGAUCGUGCAUCUUGAGCUCUGUGAGCAAGACUUUAAACGGCGAAAGGCUGAGAAGGAGAAAUCAAACCCUGGCUCCUCGCCCGUAAAGAAGGCGCCGGGUGGCAAAACGCCAGCCACAUCGAAGAAGAGCGAUGGUAAGAAGCAAGAGGAACAAGAUGAGCUAGACCUCAUGGCGGGUACGACUGAAGACGACUUUACGGACGUGAUCGCUCAGGUCAGAGAGCGCGAGUUACUUUAUGGUCGGCACAGCCUGCUUUCGAAUUACGGUCCGCUCGUCCAGGAGAUCUGCAGCAACAACACUGCGUACUCGAACGCCGAGCUACAAGCUCAGGCGGCGCUGUGUAUGGCGAAGUUAAUGUGCGUCAGCUCGGAGUACUGCGAAGCCAACCUUGGCCUCCUCAUCACGAUCCUCGAGCGGUCGCCAUCAGCCACCACGCGCAGCAAUCUUGUCGUCGCUUUGGGUGACAUGGCUGUCUGCUUCAACCAUCUGAUAGACGAAAACACCGACUUCUUAUACCGGAGACUAUCAGACCCGUCGCUGCCGGUCAAGCGCACGUGCUUGAUGACGCUGACUUUCUUAAUCCUGGCCGGUCAGGUCAAGGUCAAAGGACAGCUGGGUGAGAUGGCGAAGUGCGUGGAAGACUCCGACGAGCGGGUGCGAGAGAUGAGUCGCAUGUUCUUCGCGGAGCUUGCUGGCAAGGACAACGCGGUGUACAAUCACUUCGUCGACAUGUUCAGCCUGCUGUCAGCGGAUGAAGGACUGGAGGAAGACCGCUUUCGAAGGGUCAUUAAGUUCCUUGCAAGCUUCAUCGAGAAGGACAAGCACGCCAAGCAGUUGGCGAGCAAGCUCGCUCCAAGGCUACAAAGAGCGGAAAGCGAACGCCAGUGGAACGAUGUCGCUUAUGCUCUGGGCCUCCUACCGCACAAGAGUGAAGACAUCGCUAAGCUGAUCGGCGAUGGUUGUAAGGUUGUGGAAGCGGCAGCAUAA